GAGUAAGAUUGAGUCACUUGUAGAUAUCGGAUGGUGGGAUAGCCUACCUGCCUUGCCAGUGUUAUUAUAAGUUGGCCGUGCACAUCCAACACACAUCGAACAUCGAACAAUUCUCUCUUCACUCACACCCUCUUUCCUACCAACAUCAAAUAGUCCGCAUAGCAUUGCGACCCCCCGACUACCUACGCAUUGCAACUCUCAGCCAACAACCAGAGCACAUCAAAGACACCCUCAUACCCUACUAAGUAGGGACCUUCCAAGAUGCCCACCACCGCCCCCUCUUCCAAGUCCCCCACGGGCAUACCCUCAAGCGAAACCAACGACCAAAACUUCUUCCCGCACCUCCCCCCCUACUCAGACCCAACUUCCGGCUUCCUCUCCCACAUCCCACGCUCCUGGAUCCCAUACGCACAGCUCAUGCGCCUCGAGAAGCCGGCCGGCCUAUACGGGGUGUACUUCCCGCACCUCAUCAGCCUUCUCUACGCCUCCUGCCUCCCUUCGCACUCCGCACCCCCCUCCCCCCUCUCCCUCCUAAAACUCGCCGCCGCCCUCCUCCCCUUCAACAUCCUCCUACGCGGCGCGUCCUGCACCUGGAACGACACGGCGGACCAGGCCUUCGACCGGCGCGUGGCGCGCACCCGGCACCGGCCCGUCGCCCGGGGGGCCGUAAGCACGACGCGCGCGAACGUGUUCACGGCGGCGCAGCUCGCGCUGCUGUUCGCGUACCACCAGCACUCGGGGCUGCUUCCCGCGGCCGAGACGGCGACGUUCGCGGUGUUCGUGACGGCGCUGUUCCUCGCGUACGCGCUGAUGAAGCGGGUGACGGAUUACCCGCAGGUGGUUCUCGGCGUGGGGAUCGGGGCGGCGGUGUUCUUCGCGACGGCGGCGCUGGGGGUGGAUCUGGACAGCAGGGUGGGGGGAUUGGGAUUGGGGUUGGGGUUGGGGGGAGGAGAAGUAAGUGUGCGGGCCCCGACGCUGGCGCUCUUCGGCGCGAUCAUGGCCUGGACGAUCACGUACGACACGAUCUACGCGCACCAGGACGUGGUGGACGACCUGCGGGCCGGGGUCAAGAGCAUGGCGCUGCGGUUCCGGGAGAGCACCAAGGCGCUCGCGGGCGUGCUGUCGGCGGUGCAGGUGCUGCUGCUGGCGCUGUGCGGGUACUGGGCUGGGCUGGGGCCGGUCUAUUUCGUCGGCACGGUGGGGGGUGUUGCGGUUGCGAUGGCUUAUUAUCUGUAUGAUGUUGAUUUGAAGAACCCCGAGAGCUGUGGGAUGUGGUUUCAUCGGCAGUUCUGGAUCGUGGGCGCGGCGUUCAUGGCGGGGUUCGCGGGGGAAUAUGCACUGAGACUGGCGGGCAGUGAGAGCUAGAGUUAUGUAGUACUGCCAAUCAUAUGAGUACGCCCAGGUAGCUACCUACCUACAUAAACAACCUUCAGUCUACAUAGGUAAAAUAAAUUAUCACGAGAUUUCACAGGACAUACAAAUAUAUGGUGCCAGUAACUUGAGCUUUGCUAUAUCUCAAGAAUAACCUACUUAGGUACCUACCUAGUAGCCAUCUUAUCGAACUCGAAUAGUCUUGAAUCAACUUCGAAUUUACGACAAUGAAUUAAU